UAUACACCGAAUACUUAUGUUCGAAUACACACACACCGAUUACUUAUAUUCGCAUUUACCAAUAUAUUUACGAAUACAUACAUUUAAACCACAAACGAAAAAACGCUCACAUACGUACAAAGGUACACACACAAACACAUUCACACACAAACACAUACCUCACGUAGAUAUCUACAUAUAUAGACUUUGUGUACAAAUUGAAUGGAAAUUCAAUCGGAUUAAUCUUACAAAUCAAGAGAGCAUGACCCGAGAAUAUCUUCGAAUCAUUGCACAAAUGUAGUUACAGGUCGGUCUGAAGAGUUUGUGAUUAUUCUUGCUCCAGAGGUAAAAAAAAAAUGUGUGACAAGAAAUUCGAGAUUCCUGUAUGGGUGAAUGGAACCGAAAAAUGGUUGUCAGGGAUUUCUAAAAGAACUACUUGUGAUGACAUUAUUUACGCUUUGCUACUCCAUGAAAAUCUUCACGAAACAGAAAACACUGAUUCAUUCGCUAUUUACGAAUGCUGGAAAGGCACGGAGAAAUACUUGCAAGGCCGUACAAAAAUUCUCCGUGUUUGGAAGAACAGGGCCGCUGAUCGAAGCAACGUAAAGUUUAUAAUGCGUGAACUGGACGACAUUGCUCAAUCAAGUGAAUAUUCAGCAACGAAGCGUCGGUAUCGUAGAUGGCGCCAUCAAAGGCGCUACGAACAUAAUUUCGAUAGAAGUCUGUGCAAUGGAGAAACACAUGGAAGCUGUUGCUCUUACAAACAAAGGUUUGACAGUCACGACAGCCAUAAUAGUUAUUUUAACGACGAGCUUCGGUGUGAUUUUAUGAGCAGUAACACGCUGGACCACAAUAAACUGCGACGCCUGCAUAAAAUCAUUAAACUUGUCAUGAAUCAGGAGAAGAAAAUCAAAUCAUUAGCUAAUCGUAUCGAAGAAACGGAAUUGUUAAUAGAAAAAUACGAAGAUAAAAUCCAUUUCCAACGCAUGCAAAAGAAAGGCGUCAACUAUGUUCAAAGAUCUUUGCUUCUAGACAGUACCAGUACCAGUGAGGAUUCUUUGGACGAUUUUGUGUCUAAAGCUAAUUUACACUUGCUAGAAGAUUACGUUGAGUUGCGUGACAGAUUGAUUGCAGUUUGUGAAUUACUAGCAGCAGAAGAAGACACGAAAGACCAACUAUCAUCACUCAUAAAAAAGCACAGUGGCCAUGUGAACGUGGUUCUCUCAGAUUUAAACAGAAAAGAAUUUGAUUCGUCAUCUUCAGAAACGGGGAUUACAGAAAAAGCGAAACAAGAUAAAAUAUCUUUUAAUAAUAUUUUUGAAACUUCUCCGAAUGGAAGCGAAUGUCAUUUAUUAUCACACGAUGGUGAAAAUGUUGGGGUAAUUCCUGACAGUUUGUCUUCUAUAGAGGGACUUGAUGAAGGUGAAAAAUCGGAAUUAGAGGCUCUUAGGAUUCAGUUUAACCGAGUAAUGACUGUAAGCGUAAUCCAGAAUAUAACUAUGGAUCAACUGAACCAGGAAUUACAAAGGUAUAAUAAAUUACAAAAUGAGAAAUCAGAUUUGAUUCAUAGUCUUGAAAAAGAAGCGUUAGCAACUGAAUUGGGUUCAGUUAAUAACCAAAACUGUGAAAUGUCCAAAUGUAUUACGAAUGAGGAGCUAAAACAUCGGAUUGAUAGUAUCUAUUCUAACGAAAACAAUUUUUCUCAACAAAUAGAUGAUGACGGUUUUAUAAUUUCUGGUGUUAAUACACAAAACACAUCCGAAUUACCUAAAAUUUCAAAAAUUAUACCAACAUCUAAUAGAAAAUUGAUACCGACUACUAAUAACAAUUUAAAGGACGUUAAUAAAAUAGAUUUUAAAAAUAUUGCUAAUAAUCGGGAAUGUGGUGUUAAUAUUGAAAGUUCCAGUACCCAUGAUUCAAGUUCUGAUUCUGUGUUAAAAGACUCAAAUAUAAAGAACUUAAAUAAUCCCAAGGUCGGUAUUGCUGGAGGAGCUCCGAAAUCCCAAUUUGUACGAACAAAAAGUAUGCGUGAUUGGACAAGGUUACCGAAAGAGAAUGUUUAUCAACAAAUAAAGAAUGUUUGUAGCAAGAAGUUUAGUGAUGAAGAAACGGAUAAAAAUAAACUUUUCACACAACAACAGCAACAACAACAGCAACAGCAGCAGCAGCAGCUGCAGCAACAACCACAAGAACAGCAACAACAGCAAAAGCAGCAAGAAAAUACACACAUUUCAUAUCCACAAAGGCAGUCACCACUGCCAUCACCGUCACCUCCAUCAUUAACAUCUACGCCACCAUCUCCCUUACUGAAACAGCAUCAACACCAUCAACAAAAGCAACAUCCUCAUCCGCAACAGCGGCAGCAACAACAACAACAUCGACAACAACAGCAACAACAACAACAACAACUGCAACAAAAACCACCGUCUCCACUACCAACACGACAAACGUCACAACAACAACAACAAUUACAACAAAAACCACCAUCACCGCGACCACAACCAUCUCAACUACAACUACAACCACAAAAACUGCAAGAAAAACCACCGUUGCCACGACCAAAACUAUCACCACGACCAAACCUAUCACCACAACACCACCUACAACAGCAAUUGGUCACUUUAGAGCAAUCGAAGGAGAAAAACAAGUUGCAGAUGACAACAAACGGUCUGAAGGGAGCCAUUAAAAACAGCAGUAUCAUGGCUGCUGCAAACAGUCCAAUACUGAAAUUGGAUAAAUCAGACGACACUGAUUCUACAUCCGAUACAGGUCUAGGUUCGCUAAACAGUGACGACUUUUCAAACACCCAUAUCGAAACACUCGUAUGAUAAAGAUUUCUUUCUUAAGUAAGAAAUCUAAGAAUUUUUACUGGGUGGUAAUCAAGUACAGUGUCCUUCGAGAAAAUAUGAGCUCCUUACUUCCAAGAGAGUAUGAACCAAGCAAGCAAACGAAUUCGGCUUAUAACUGGGCAUUAAAACCCUGUUAUAUAUUGCGCUCAACUUACCGAGAACCUUUUAAUUUCAUUUAAAGUAUCAUAUAUAUAUAUAUAUGUAUGUAUAUAUAACGUACUCAUUUUAAGUACUUAUGUUGCUGUUGCAUAAGCCUCAGGGUCAUUUGCAAAACCGGAAGUGUAAAUAAUCUGUUAUAUCAAUAAUAUGGUGUUGAUACACCUUCAGAAGGACAGAGUAAAAUUUACUGCAAGCCCCACAACGAAUUAAAGUGUGUCGAAUGGUGCAGAUAAGCAGCUGAUACGCUGCUUUGCUGUGCCAAAGUCAUCACCAAAGUAAAAAAAUAAGUGAAAAUCUUAACUUGUGACUCAAUGUUGUUAUUCUUUUUCUUACUGUGAUAUAAUCAUUGUUUACACGCGUUAAUUUUGUAAUUUUUUAAAUAGCUGAGUUGCAAAGAAAAAAUUUUCAUUGAUUUUGUUUCAAGAAAGCAUAGUUAUUAGAGUGACCUCCUUUGUUUGAGAUUUAAGAGGUUUCGAAUAUCUCCACCCCAGUGAGCUUGAAACAGCCGCUUAAAAACUCACACAAUUUUUUGAAGCAAAUAA